AUGUCGGUGCUUCAGACCCCAGUGAACCCAGAGGAGAGGGAGGUGGUGCGUCAGGCUGUCCACGCCUUCCUCACAGACCUCUGCUGCUCAUUCAAGACAGGCAUCAACUUCUACGACAGCUCCCUCGGAACAUCAGGAAAGAAUCAGAACCACAUCCUGACCGGGUUCCUGUCAUCGCUACAGAAGGCCUCCACCGACGCCUUGUCUGCGGACCUUGUCAUCAGUGUGCUGCGAGCCUGUCCUGACCAACUGCAUCACUUCCUGUCGUCACUGGCGCCAACACUCAAUCCCAGACCUUCAGCUGCCUGGGUCUCCAGCAUGGACAUGCUCAUACAGAUUUACGAGGCCCAACCUACUGAGCUCAGCUUCCUGAGCACCAAGCUCCCGAGUGCACACCUGAACCUCGUCGCGAUGUCCCUGGUGUUAGUCCUGCCUCCAGACAAGGUCAUGUCGACCUUCACCUGGGGUCUCAAGCAAUCCUCUCAGCCAGUGAGGCACAAGAUCCUGGACUUCCUGAAGGUGGCACUGCAGAGGGCGCUGCACAUCCUGACCAAUGUCCGGAGUCUGGCGGACUCUUCUGACCCCUCCCUUGCACAGCUGGGCCCUCGACUGAAGGAGUCUCUGUUGAAGAAGCUCCCGGAUGCUGCCACCCUGCUGGGCUGCUGGACGAAGAUGAUGGCAGAGAGGACCCAGCCCAACAAAGAUGUAUCAAAAGAGGAUAUUCCCAGCGUGGCCAGCAUCCAGCACAUAGUGAGGCUGCAGCAGGUGAUGUGUCUCUACCAGGAGCUGGUCCCCACCAUGUUGUCCGACAGCCCCCACCACGUCAGCAGUCUCCUGGAGGGGGUCAGGGGAGUCGGUGAGGGUGACGGGGGACAGGAUGAAGACAGGAUGCUCCCCCAGCUGUACCUUCUGAAGCUGCUUGCAGGAACCGAUGCCAGGCAGCUGCCCUGGGCUAAAGAGAAUGCCGCGCGGCACAGUCUGAUGUAUCUGCUGUUGGAGAUGACCACCAAGGUGUCGGCCAGCCGGAAGCUGAAGGAAGUCACACAACACCUGGUGGCGGAGCUGCUACAGAGUACUGGACUCUUCCAAGACCAGGACCAGGAGCUAGCAAUAUGGCUGCGUCACCUCGCUGUCACCAUGGUGCCAGAUGUAGUGGACUUCACUGCUAGAAUGAUGACCAUGUUUGUGAGCAACCCCUACCCCUACAUGGAUCCGAGUGACGGACAUCGUGGCGGGGGUCGCUGUAGAUAACCUGCAGCAUGCAGACCUGGGAUCUCAGACGGAGGAGAAGACAAUCACAGAGAUUUUAGCUAUGGAUUUUGGAGAAGAUUGGGACACGUCAACAAACAAAGAUGUUAAAAUGGAUCAACCUGAUAAGCAACCCACUCAAAAUAG